UGUAAUGUUAAGUAAAGCUAUGGGAAUUAGAAAUAGGCUUCUUUGUGAAAUAUUAUUAUGUUGUUAUCUUUGGUGAGCAAGCGCUCACUGGAGGUAGAUUCCAGGGACGCCUAUGGAUUUGCCUUGAGACCUCAACACGUUCAGAGAUAUCAAGAAUACGUUAGCAUUUAUACAGAGGAAGAGACAGAGAGGGCAGAGAAAUGGCAAAACUUUCUUGACAGGCAAGAGAGCGUCGCUGAGCCUUGUUCCUCAGAAGAGGAGUUUCAGGAUACAUUUCAGGCUGAUGGUUCGGACUCUGGAGAGGAGAGUGCUUCAGAAGAGGAUUCAAGAAAUGAAAAACAAGACUCUGGUUCUAGUAAACUUGAUGGUUUAGAAGUGCAGCAUCUUGAAAAAGAUAGCAAUGAGACUGUUGGUGAGCUUUCAAAAGAGAAAGAAGUAGCUGAGGAGGCACAUGUUCUUGACGAGCACCAAAUUUUGAGGGAGACGAGUCUUGGAGAAAAGAGUGAAUCUGUGAAAGAUGAGGCUGAGCAAUCUGACACUGAUAAAGAGAAGGAGUCUUCAGUUGAAAGUGAAUCUGAUGAAGAGAAACAAUCUCAACCAGUAAAAGAAGCUAUUGAUCUUAAUCAUGUAGAGAUUCAACAAGAAAAUGAGACAGAAGAGCCUGUGCCAGAAGCAGAAAAAUGUGGAGUAGAUGAUGAAAAAACACAAAAAGAAACGAAGUCCCGUUCAGUUAUCGAAUGGGCUCAUAUUAGACCUUGUCUUAAGUCCAUAGAGGCUAUGAUGUGUUCUCGUGUUAAGAAUGUCAAGUAUAUGCAAAACAAGCAGCAGACUAUAGCAGGGGACCAUGCUUCGUCAUUAGCUUCCAUUGAAGAAUCUGAGCAAAACUCUAUGGAAAAUGACCGCGACAGUGAAACUUUCACGAGUAGAUCCCAUUCAAUAAAGGAAGAACAUGAUGCUCAGAGUAAUGUUUCUCCAGAGCCAUUUUUCCCUUGGUAUGAAGAACUUGAGGUACUUGUUCGUUUGGGAGUGCCAAAGGAUCUCAGAGGGGAGGUCUGGCAAGCCUUUGUAGGUGUAAAAGCAAGACGAGUUGAGAGGUACUAUCAGGAUUUGUUGGCACAAAUAACUGACUCUGAUGAAAGCUCAUCUGAUGUCCAAAGAAAGUGGAAAAAACAAAUUGAAAAGGAUAUACCUCGGACAUUCCCAGGCCACCCUGCUUUGAAUGAAAACGGUCGAGAUUCCUUAAGGCGGAUACUUCUAGCUUAUGCUUGUCACAACCCAUCUGUUGGCUACUGUCAGGCUAUGAACUUUUUUGCUGGACUGUUGCUUCUACUGAUGCCAGAAGAAAAUGCAUUUUGGACUUUGGUUGGGAUUAUUGAUGAUUAUUUUGAUGGCUACUAUACAGAAGAGAUGAUAGAAUCUCAGGUUGACCAAUUAGUCUUUGAAGAGUUGAUGCGAGAAAGAUUUCCAAAACUCGUUAAUCAUCUGGAUUACUUGGGAGUGCAGGUAGCUUGGAUCUCUGGGCCAUGGUUUCUAUCUAUUUUUGUGAAUAUAAUCCCAUGGGAAUGUGUUCUGCGGAUGUGGGAUGUGCUUCUCUUUGAAGGAAACCGUGUAGUGUUGUUUCGAACAGCGUUUGCUUUAAUGGAACUUUAUGGUCCUGCAAUUGUUGCCACACAAGAUGCAGGAGAUGCUAUUACUUCACUACAAAGCCUUGCUAGUUCAACAUUUGAUAGCAGCCAACUUGUUUUGACUGCAUGCAUGGGUUAUAUAUCGACAAAUGAAGCUAGACUAGAAGAGCUGAGGAAAAUACAUAGACCGGCAGUACUAGAGAUUGUGGAGGAAAGAAUACAGAAGGGUCGAGUCUGGAAGGAUAAAAAAGGAUUGGCUUCUAAACUAUAUAGUUUUAAACAUGAAGGUUCUAUACUAGAUGAACAGAAGCCUCCUCAAAGGACUGAUGGUGAGAAUCCAGAUGAUGAUGAAUCUCGUUCGCCUAACUUUUCUAUGAAUCUUGAUGGCGCAAAUGUUGAUUCUGAAGUAGACUCUUUACCAGAUCUUCAAGAACAGGUGGUAUGGAUGAAGGUUGAACUAUGCAGACUAUUGGAGGAGAAAAGAUCAGCUGUGAUGAGAGCUGAGGAACUAGAGAUAGCUUUGAUGGAGAUGGUCAAAGAAGAUAACAGACUGGAAUUAAGUGCAAAGAUUGAACAACUUGAAAAAGAAGUGAGAGAACUAAAGCAAGUCCUUUCUGACAAAAAAGAACAAGAAACAGCAAUGCUUCAGGUCUUGAUGAAAGUUGAGCAAGACCAAAAACUUACAGAAGAUGCUCGGAUAAGUGCAGAGCAGGAUGCAGCUGCACAAAGAUACGCAGCACACGUGCUUCAGGAAAAAAAUGAAAAGCUUGUGACUCAACUAGCUCAAAUGGAGAAGAAACUAGUUACUGCAGAAACAACUCUAGAAGCUACUCUGCAAUAUGAAUCAGGUCAAAAUAAAGCAUUAUCUUCUCCAAGGUUUCCUCGUCCUGCACCGGAGAGCCCUAAAAAGAAGACAGGCUUCUUAUCAUUUGGGUUAGGCUGGCGCGACAGGAACAAGGCAAAACAGCCUGAAGAAUCAAAUAGUAUUAACACUAGUAAUGCAACAUCUGAAGUCAAAUCUCCAUCAAAAGAAAGCAAAACUGAAGAUCUUUUAAAUCCGGAGACAAGACGCUAACCGAGAAAGAGUCAUAACUGCAAAACAUUUAGAAAAGCUGGGGGAUCGAACUACAGAGUAAGAGGCUAAGGCUUUGUUUUUCUCAAGGCUUUCAUCUUCAGGAGCUUGAUACCUGCAAACUCUGAAACAAUCAAGUAAAGUUUUGCUCAAUUUUCUUGAUCAGUUAUAAGUAGAAAUAGUUUAAAACUGUUACAAAAGGCCAAUUCAUAUUUAAGUACAUUUUACAAUUAACUCAAUUGAAUUCAUGUUAAAAACAUUUGAUAUAUCUUUUCUUGUGGUUGUUACGUACAUUGUUUAUCAUAGCUUGUGGUCUUGGAUAUACAAGUUUUUGAUCAUCGUUUUUGAAA